AUGUUUUGUUCUAAGCCCUUCAACACUAUCAUGUUCAUAUUUUUAUUUCUCUUAACCAUGCUGAUCAAAACUACAGCUACAACAAGCACUGUAAUUAGUCCAACUACAUUCUCCUUCAUGUCUUUUAGCCCUGAAAGUUGCACCAAUGGUGAAUUACUUUGUAUGGGAUCAGCCACUUCAGAAAAUGGUUAUGUAAGUCUCACACCGGAGCCAGAGGCACAACAAAACAACGAUUCAGGUUCGAUGGUUGGAACAUCUAACACAGACAACAAAGUAGGUAGGGUUUUGUAUCCGCAUCCGGUUCAUGUUUGGCCAGCAAUUAUAACUACCACCUUCACUGUUAGGAUCACUCCGUUCGUAAAAAACUCGACCAGCUCUGGUGAUGGAAUUGCACUUGUAUUUGCACAAGAUAAUAGGCCUUCACCAAAUGGUAGCUAUGGUUCUUAUCUUGGCAUGUUUGAUAGGUCUACUCAAGGUGGGGUUUUUCAACAAAUUGGUGUGGAGUUAGACACGUUCAUGAACGAAUUUGAUCCAGAUGGAAACCACAUAGGCAUAGUCACAACAAGCAUCACAAAUCCAGUUGCUUUUCAGAGUCUAAAUGGCACUAAUGUUGACCUCAAAAGUGGAAGAGAUAUUGUGGUUAAAGUUGACUAUAAUGGAUGGACUAAAAUGAUUUUUGUUUCAAUAGGAUACUCAAAUAGCCAAUUAAAGAGUGUUCUAAACCAUUCAAUUCACUUACCUGAUAUAAUUCCAAGCUCAGUUUAUGUUGGUUUCACAGCCUCAACGGGUAAAGCUUUUCCUCAAAGUCAUCAAAUCCUAAAUUGGUUAUUCACAUCAGUGCCAUUGCCUGUUCUUUCUCUUAAACACAGUAAAGUUGGAAAAUACAAGAUCAUAUUGGCAACUGUUUUAUCAGUUCUUGUGUUUGUUAGUUUACUUUCUGUUUCUUGGGAAGCUUGGAAUAAAAGAAAAGAAAAGGGUGAUCGAAAAGAAGACAUUGAAAGCUUAUCGAGGACGGCUGCAGAUGUGCCUAAGAUGUUCGGCUACAAGGAACUGUCGAAAGCAACUUGUAAGUUCAGUAAAGAAAAUCUUGUGGGAAGAGGUGGAUUUGGAAGUGUUUAUAAAGGCUUCAUGUUGGAAAAUGGAAAAACCAUAGCAGUAAAGAAAAUUUCAGCAACCUCUAAGCAAGGUGAACGAGAGUUCUUAGCCGAAAUAUGUACCAUCGGUCGUCUUCGGCACAAAAACUUGGUGCAGCUCCAAGGUUGGUGCAAUGAAGGCAAAAAUCUUCUCUUAGUUUAUGAUUACAUGCAAAAUGGAAGCCUUGAUCACUUCAUAGGCAAGGACUUUCUAGAUUGGCAAACAAGGCACAAGAUAUUAACAGGAUUGGCAUCAGCAUUGCUCUACCUUCAUGAAGAGUGUGGAAAUCCUGUUGUUCAUAGAGAUGUUAAACCAAACAAUGUAAUGCUAGAUUCUAAUUACAAUGCUCAUUUAGGCGAUUUCGGACUAGCAAGAUUACUCAAAAAUGAAGACUCUGUAACUACGGAUUUAGCCGGGACACCGGGUUAUUUAGCACCUGAAAUAGGCUUCACAGGAAAAGCUACACCUGAAUCAGAUGUAUAUAGCUUUGGAAUGGUUAUACUUGAAGUCAUUUGUGGUAAAAGGUCAAAAAGGGUAAUGGAAGAUAAUAGCUUGGUAGAUUAUGUAUGGAAUUUACAUGCUCAAAAUCAAAUUCUUGAGUGUGUUGAUCAACAACUGAAAAAUUCUUUUGAUGUAGAAGAAGUUAAAAGGAGUUUGAUGGUUGGAUUGGCAUGCUUGCAUCCAGAUUCAUUAUUCAGGCCAAAAAUGAGAAAAAUUGUGCACAUUUUUUUGAAUCCAAAUGAACCUUUGAUGGAAUUACCGGGAACUCGACCGGCUGGAGUUUAUGUAUCGGUUUCUUGUACUUCUUUCACAGACUUUGUGUCUAGAACUGAGUUACAGCUCCAAUCGUCCACCACAUCGUUGAACGAAAUUUCUACUUAUUAGUUAGACUAUUUAGUUACAUAACAAUGAUUAUUGUU